AUGCCGCUUACGAUUAUCGAGAAAAUAGUGGAGAAUUCUGACUUCAAAGAGCAAUUAAUCCUUCGAAAAGUGUCUCGUGAUCUUCGAGAGAUCGUUGACGGUCAGAAAAUUUCAUGCGAAUCGAUUCAAGUUGUUUGGCAAACGGACCAUGUCAAGUGUCGAUUCGAUAAUCAGACAGUCUUGUAUUCAAAGAAAACGAAUAUCAAAUGCAACGAUGAGAAUGUUAUCCGUGUAGUUGAUAACGAUUACAUGAGAAUAGCAUUCACCGACUGGACAUUUCCUCUGAAGAAUCCAAAAUUAAAAUUGAAAUCGUUCAUUUUUGAGUGCUGUGGUCCCGAUAAGAGAACUGGAAAUUCGAAAAAAGCUGUUUUGACGAAAAAAUACUUUGAUCAAUUCGAAGCAUUUCUCAAGUCUUUGAAUCACAAAAUCUCUGUCGAGAAACUAGAAAUCAUUUCAAACAACCCGGAGCUCUACCAAAUCAUGUCGGUUCUUCCAUAUCUGAAACCAGGCGUCCUGAAGUCUAUUAGAGUACCUGGUUAUGAUUUAAACAAAGAAGAUCUCGAUUUGACGGAUAUCGUUCAAAUAAAUUCUGAUUAUAUGUAUAGAAGAGCUCAGUCUUUGCUGGCGGCUAUCGAGAAAAUAGUUGAAUGUGAUCAAUGGAAACAAGCAGAAGAAUUGCAUCUCAAACACAAUUGGGAUUAUAUUCCAGAUCAACAUCUUGCUCAUUUCAAGAAAUUCCAUAUAACCGAUGUUUUCACUACUUCGGACAAAAUGAUUCAUUUGAGAAAGAUCUUCUCUGAGUCUGAGAACUUCGAAUCAUGCUCUAUCACAUCCACUAAUGGUUACGACUUCUCCAUAAAUCUCGAUGCGAUCGGUCAAUCAAUCAAGACAGCGGGAAUGCAUGUUCUCAUAUAUCACUAUAGAAUUCCCAAUUCGAACAAGUUCUUGGAGUUUAAAGCUUAUUAUCGUAUAGAGUCAAUCAAUAUCGUAAAGAAGAACUUAUAA